AUGGCGGAAACCACUCCGCCAGGUCUAGAGGGCAUUGUCCAGCACCGGUAUGCGCAAGUUGGCUCCCAUCGUUACCACUAUCUGCACGCCAAGCCAUCAGGAAAGCUCAAGGGGACGUUUUUUCUCUUUCAUGGCUUUCCUGAUAUCUCCUACGGAUGGCGCUAUCAGAUAACCCUCCUCCACUCUCUCGGGUAUGAAGUCGUUGCCGCCGACAUGCUCGGUUUCGGUCGGAGCAGUGCCCCUACCGACCUCAAAGAGUACGCCGCCAAACUACAUGCCGACGAAAUGGCAACCCUCGCCGGGCGAGUGGCUCCUGGACAGCGCAUCUUCGCCGGUGGGCACGACUUCGGCGUUUUCGUUGCGUAUCGACUCGCCAUAUACCACCCCGACCUGGUCCAGGGCCUUUUCGUCGCCGCUAUACCCUUCCUACCACUGGAGACUAAGUUUGAGUUUGCUGACCGGAUCGGCGACGAAUCUCAUUCUGCGAUUGGGUACAUGCGCCAGUUCGGCGGGCCGGAGUUUCAUAAAAACUUCGUCGGUCAGGACAAAAUAUGGCACCUGCUGAGCGCAUGUUACAACGGAACAACGCCGGAGGGUGAGCCAGGAGGCAGCCCCGAGGUAGGACUCAUACUCGAUAGGCUGCCACGAAUUGGACUCUCACCAAUUGUGACUGAGGAAGAGUUGGCGUAUAUUGUUAGCGAGUACGGGGACUCUGUUCAAGGUCCUUUCAACUGGUAUCGUUUGUCGAAAAUCAACUUUGAUGCAGACCUGCCCGCCGCUGAAAAAGGCAAUAUCAGAUUCAAGAUGCCUACGCUGUUUGUCGCGGGCAAGGAUGACCCAUACUUGCCUCCGUCUAUAACGGAUGGGAUGAAAAGCUACUUCGACGAUCUAGAACUGCAUGAAGUUGACGGGACACACUGGGUGCUAUGGGAUGCAAGGGACAAGGUUAAUGAGCUGCUCACCAAGUUUCUGUCAAGAUUCACAGGUCUGAGUUAG